AUGCCGCGACCUUCUCGUGAAUCUUACGGUGAUCAAAAACCUCCUUACUCAUACAUCUCGUUGACAGCGAUGGCUAUUUGGAGCUCACCGGAGCGCAUGUUACCCUUGUCGGAGAUCUACCGGUUCAUCACGGACCGGUUUCCAUAUUAUCGGCGCAACACCCAGCGUUGGCAGAACUCGCUGCGACACAACCUGUCCUUCAACGACUGCUUCGUGAAGGUGCCGCGGCGACCAGACCGUCCGGGCAAAGGCGCCUACUGGACGUUGCAUCCACAGGCCUUCGACAUGUUCGAAAAUGGUUCUCUAUUGCGUCGCAGAAAGCGCUUCAAAUUACAGAAAGGCGAGAAAGAUAAUCUGAAUGCGGAAUUAGCUGCUUUGGCUAGCUUUAACAGAGCAUUUUUGGCACGUCAAGCCGGUGCACCGCCGCCGCCGCCUGUUUUACCUACCGCAACCAUGUACACGCCUCCCAUGUGCCAGCAAUUGAGUCCAGAGCCUGCGGAAUUACCAGAAGUGGCAACUAUAACAAUGCUGCCUAGGGAGAGACCCCGUAGAGCUUUCACAAUUGACGCAUUACUCGAACCAGAGCCGCCGCGGUCUCCUCCGUCGCCAACAAUGCCGCGGUUGGCGAUUCCGAUGCCGUCCCCAUAUAUGUUGGCAGCGCAAAGGUAUCACGCGGAACUGCUUCAAGUUGCAGCACAUGUACUGCGCCCUUGCUAUAUUCCUCCACCACCGUUGCCGGUCGCGUGA